UAAUAAAACAACAAUGGCGAAAUUUUAAUUAUUAAAAUUAUGGAUUUAAAGUGGAUGCGGUCAAAAUGAAUGUGAAUAAUUUAUAGAAUUUAGUAUAGGCAACAAAACGUUUUUAAUAAUAAACGACUUGAAAUAUUUUGAAUAGUAGAAACAUUAAAUUAUGGAUCCCGAAAAUUCGUCAACUCUGUGUCGAGUUUGUCUGGAAGAUGGAGCAAUUUAUCCAAUUUUUGAUUCUAAAAAUGAUAUCGGAGACAGUAUAUUUUCCAAACUAUCACGGUGUAUGAAGGAGAAGAUAGAAGACGUUGAUGGUUUCCCUAGGAAGAUUUGUUCGCUAUGCAACGACACGUUGGAAACAGUUAUAAACUUUAUCAAUAAGUAUAAAGAAUCAAGUAAAAUACUACAAAGUGGAUUACUUAUUGUGAAAAAUGAGAAUGAUGAUACACAUGUCUACAGUGACCACUAUUCAGAGGUAGAAAUCGAAAUUAAAAACAUUAAAACUGAACCUGAAGUAGAAUUUGAAGACGGUUUUGAUGAUAAAUAUGAUAAUGUAUGCCUUAUAGACUUGAUAAAGCCGUUGAAGCUGAAGAUAGACUCUAAAGAGCUCACAAUAAAAAAGACUAAAACAUCGACAAGCAAAACUCUGUCGAAAAACAAAACCAAUAAGAUUGCAUCUUCAUUGCUAGAAGGUGAAUUCACAUGGACUGGUGAUAAAUGGUGUUUAAAAUCCAACUCCCUUCAGUCAACUUUAGAACAAGAAAGUAAAGUCAAAAAGAAAAUCCCAAACCAAGGUACACAGCCCCGGGAGAUAAAACUUAAAUUGCCAAAAAUAAAAAAACCUAAUCCACCAAAAUUGUGUGAUAUCUGUGGAGAAGUGUUCAAGAACCAAGACAAACUGGCCAUUCACAAAAGAAAAGUGCAUUUCAAAAACCCUGUAUCAUGUCCACAGUGUUCUAGAAUGUGUGUAUCAGAAUACUAUUUAAAGAGACAUAUAAAAAGGAGGCAUGAUACAGAAAAGAACUUUAUAUGUGCGACGUGUGGACGUAGGUUUGCAUUCAAAGGGGAGCUGAGCAACCACCAGAGAAUAGUUCAUGAGAAACAUCUAAUGAAAAAGAAGAUGUUUGCAUGUAAAUUUUGUGACAAGACAUAUAAAUGUGCUAAAUCUAUUAUAAUACAUGAGAGAUCUGUUCAUACAGGUCAAAGACCAGCAGAAUGUACUGUAUGUGGUUCAAGUUUCUACCAUGAAGACUAUUUGAAGGAGCACAUGCGUCUCCACACAGGUGAGACCCCCUUCAAGUGCCCCAUUUGUGGACGAGGCUACGCACAAAGGGGCAACAUGAAGAGCCAUCUACGGAUACACAGGUUAGCUGAAUUAGAUGCCACUACGUUAAGCAAACUAAAACCUAAUUAUUUGAAACUUUUGAAAGAUUUUCGAUAAGUUUGAUUUUGUCUUUAGCACGUUACAUUUUUAACUUGCUGCAAAGAGCAGCCACAUAUUUAACUUUUAAGUAUCAACACGGGAAAUUGGGUUAAUAUUUAACUUGCAUUUCUUUUUGUAACCUAAACUUCUUGUAGGCACAUUGUUUUGUAAAUAAAUGUUUAUAUUGUUACAUAAAAUUAAGCUGAGUUUAAUAUUGUUUUCGAAAUUACGUAAAUAUUUUACAAAAUUGUUAAAAUUUAACUUGUGGGUGUCAAUUUAAUAUUGUAUGUUAGAAUUUAUACUGUUGUCUGAAAGAUUAUAAUAUGUAAUAUCUCUUUAUUUUACAAGCAUGCCAAUAUUUUCCUGGUUUUAAUUGCAUAAUUUUUAUACAGAGGUGUUUAUGUAUCAGCUAUGAAAGUACCUACCUAGGUACCCAAAUAGUUAUGCAUUAUUGUUUUUAUUUUAUUAAAACUUAGUCCUAUAUUAUUACUUUAAGAAUGUUUUCGUCCUUAUUAUUAGUGAUAUUAUUAAAGGUACCAUGGUUGUAUCACCAUAAUGUUAUGCCAAUAGCCUCAACCAUGAUGUUAAUUUAAGUCAAUGCAUUUUAAAAUAUUGUCUUCUCAUAAUUUUAAAAUAUUUUCUUCACAUCUCCUUUUCCUACAUUACCUUAAAAGUUAUGUUUCUUUAAAAAAGGUUAUUUUGUUGAAAGUUUAAACUUAU